AUGAACGGGCAAGUGAACGGUUUCCAUAACUCAAUCAUUGAUGAAGACUGCUUUUUGUUCACCUCUGAAUCUGUUGGAGAAGGACACCCAGGUGAGUUUGCGUCUGUGUUAUUUUAGCUAGCUAGUUCCAUUACUUUUGUGUUUUUAUAUUUUCUAACAUAAGGACAGGUUAUGUGGUAACGUUAGAUUCAGCGAACUAGCAGCAAAGUGCUACCAAAUGCUUGCCAGUCAUUUUUACGAACAAUCAUACACGUUAGCUAAUAUAUUGUUUGUAUGGCUCAGCUAGCUAUUUGUCUAUUUUUCACAUUUGCUGAUAUUUGAGCCGGCGGAUAUUAUGAAUGGGGUGGGGAACACGAGCCAGAGUCAGGCCACGCGGGGUGUCUUCGCCAUAGGAUCGGGUGCUAGCUAGCUAGAAGCUAAUACUAAUCGAGAAAAGUGUGACCCUAAAAUACUUGUCUGGAUGGUCAAGUCGAUACCUGUGGUACGUUUAUUGAAAAACUGAACAUAUGACAUAUUAUUUUACGUCAUUUUCGUUAAGUCAAUUUAUUUGUACAUUUUAGGCGAGUCGAUCAACGGUGUUACAUCAGUAGACUGAGCUCGUGCACGUGACAUGCGCCCCAGACAUAGUGCAACUUCGAGCGCGGGCGAAGUAGGUUUUGUUGUUAUCUGGACACUCGGUUAGCGGCGUUCUCCGGCCGUGGUGUAUUUUAGUUAAUUGCAAUGCGUUUAUAGCUACAAUUGUGUAGGUGAUUUAUUUUGAUUGAUGGAAGCAUGGGGCCACGGUGUACUCCUUUCACCUCAAAUCACGUGGGAUGUAUAUAUAUCUCUAUAGCUAGCUAACUCUAGUUAGUUGCACGAGUACUCUCAAACAAAUUGCCCUGCUCUGCUCUUCCGGUGUCUACAUUCUCAGUUUAUCUUUGCUAAUGUUAACUACACUGAACGAAAAUAUAAAUGCAACAUCUAAAGUGUUGGUUUCAUGAGCUAAAAUAAAAUAUCCCAGAAAUUGUCCAUAUGCACGAAAAGCUUAUCUUAAAUGUGCACACAUUUGUUUACAACACAGUUAGUGAGCAUUUAUCCUUUGCCAAGAUAAUCCAUCCAUCUGACAGGUGUGGCAUAUCAAGACGCUGAUUAAACAGCAUGAUCAUUACAGGGGACAAUAAAAGGCCACUCAAAAAUGUGCAGUUAGUUUGUCACUCAACACAAUGCCACAGAUGUCUCAAGUUUUGAGGGAGCGUGCAAUUGGCAUGCUGACUGCAUGAAUAUCUACCAGAGUUGUUGCCAGAGAAUUUAAUGGUCAUUUCUCUACCAUAUGCCACCUCCAACAUCUUUUUAGAGAAUUUGGCAGUAUGUCCAACCGGCCUCACAACCGCAGACCACUUGUAUGGCGUUGUGUGUGCGAGUGGUUUGCUGAUGUCAAUGUUGGUGACCCAUGGUGGGGUUAUGGUAUGGGCAGGCAUAAGCUACGGACAACAAACACAAUUGCAUUUUAGCAAUGGCAAUUUGAAUGCACAGAGAUAACGUGACGAGAUCCUGAGGCCCAUUGUCGUGCCAUUCAUCCACCGCCAUCACCUCAUGUUUCAGCAUGAUAAUGCACAGCCCAAUGUCGCAAGGAUGUGUACACGAUUCCUGGAAGCUGAAAAUGGCCCGCAUACUCCCCAGACAUGUCACGCAUUGAGCAUGUUUGGGAUGCUCUGGAUCAACGUGUACGACAGUGUGUUCUAGUUCCCGCCAAUAUGCAGCUUCUUCGCACAGCCAUUGAAGAGGAGUGGGACAACAUUCCACAGGUCACGAUCAACAGCACUGCAUGAGGCAGAUGGUGGUCACACCAGAUACUGACUGGUUUUCUGAUCCACGCCCCUACCUUUUUAAAAAGGUAUCUGUGACCAACAGAUGCAUGUCUGUAUUCCCAGUCAUGUGAACCAUAGAUUAGGGCCUAAUUAAUUAAUUUCUUUAUGAAAUAAAAUCUUUGAAAUAGUUUGUGUUUUUAUAUUUGUUUGCAUUACAGUAGCUAGCCAGGUUUUCUGGCUACAACCCUCAAGUACAGGUUUAAGUGCAAUGCUCACUCGACAUAUGGGUGAGGGAGACAGCUCCAUUGCAGCUGAUUAUCUAGGCUUACCUCAUCCUAAAUAUAGGCCUCUUCACCAGGGACUGCAGUGCAACUGUGGGCAGCCUUUCGCAUGAUGUACCUUUUGGCACAAGAAACUGCUUUGAGCAAGCAGUCACUGUUGUAACAAUUCAGUGCAUAUGAUAAUCCAUUGAAUUAAAAGCCAACAUGGUGCUAGUGGUGAGACAGUCUUGUAAAGGCUGGUUCCUAAGACCGCCCACCUCUCCUUGCAGGGCUGAUGGGUGCAAGCCAGGGUGUGAAUGGAUUGCUGUUAGGAAUGUGGCUACUGUAGUGCUUUGCAGCUGUCGCUCAUGUACAUGGCAAUGGCUGCUGAGUGGUUUGUUGCAAGUUUGGUCCAUUUAAAGGUUAUUGGUUUUGCAUUUGCAGGGAUAACCUGCCUGGGGGAAGUGUUCAGCGGGGUCUUUUUUUGUAGCAGGAUACACCCCCAAAACCCCCAUUUCUUGUUUGACAGAUAAGAUUUGUGACCAGAUCAGCGAUGCUGUGCUCGAUGCCCAUCUCAAGCAGGACCCUGACGCCAAAGUGGCAUGUGGUAAUGAUCAAUCACCUAUUACGUUUCUAUAGAUUUGCCCAUGUUGCACUGUCUGAUACUGUAACAUGCCCUUGCUUCUGUCCUGCCUUCGUCAUCCUGAAUAGCUAAUGCUCAUGUUUACCUCACUCCCACUCACUUUCCUUCACUUGAUUUUCUUCCAUUUGUCCUGUUCUUUCCCUCACGUGCUUUCUCUUUCUGUCUGUGUCUCUUCAGAGACUGUAGCUAAGACUGGGAUGAUCCUGCUGGCAGGGGAGGUCACCUCCAGGGCCAACGUCGAUUACCAGAAGGUUGUCAGGGACACCAUCAAGUACAUUGGCUAUGACGACUCCUCCAAGGGUAUAAUGGCGAAUUUGCUCUGAUUAGAUUCAAUUGCUCACUUCCAUUGAAAACAUGGUUUUAAGAGAUCAGAGGGUUAGCUUUAGUAGGUACAGAAAGUAACACCAAGGUUUGACUAUUCCCUUCCCACAGGCUUUGACUAUAAGACCUGCAACGUCCUGGUGGCUCUAGAGCAGCAGUCCCCUGACAUCGCUCAGGGUGUUCACCUGGACCGCAAAGAGGAGGAUGUGGGGGCUGGAGACCAGGUUAGAAGGCUCCUGUCUUUGAGUGUUUGUGUGUGAGUAAGUGACUGGGCCUUGACCGUAUUAUAGUGUUUGUUUUUGUCCCCGCUCAAAGUGUUUGACUGUGUUUUGUGUUACAGGGUCUGAUGUUUGGUUAUGCCACCGAUGAGACUGAGGAGUGUAUGCCCCUCACCAUCGUCCUCGCCCACAAGCUCAAUGCCAAGAUGGCUGAACUGCGCCGCAACGGAACCCUGCCCUGGCUGAGGCCAGACUCCAAAACUCAGGUUAGAUUCAGCACUGCAGCCUAUGAUCACCCAUGCUCCAAAUAUGGCUAUCGAGUCAUGUAAAUCCCUUGUUCAGAUCUUUGUAAUGAAGCUGGCUUUUCAGACACACUCGCACAGCGAUCUCCAAUCACGUGCAGGUAUCCUAGUACCUUGCCUUGUCAGACGUGUGUACUCUUUGAAUGACAUUUCAUACCUCGUCUCCCUCUCUAGGUGACUGUUCAGUACAGGCAGGACCGUGGGGCCAUGCUCCCAGUGCGUGUGCACACUGUCGUGGUGUCUGUGCAGCAUGAUGAAGUAAUUUGCCUGGAUGAGAUGCGUGAUGCGCUGAAGGAGCAGGUUGUGAAGGCUGUGGUGCCCACUGUGUACCUGGACGAUGACACCAUCUACCACCUGCAGCCUAGCGGCCGCUUCGUCAUCGGAGGUCCUCAGGUGAGACAGAUGUAUUGUACACCACUGUCCUGAAUAGACUCUAUAAACCGUAGAAAACAAUCAUCCAGAGAGAUGUGAUUUAAGUAGCUACAUAGUCCGUCAGAUAUUUAGAAAGCAGGCUCUUGUCAACACGAGAGACACAUUUCCAAGGCUGUCCUGGGCUCCUUGGCUGACUCUUCCUCUCCCCUUCACAGGGUGAUGCUGGCCUGACAGGGCGUAAGAUCAUUGUGGACACCUACGGAGGCUGGGGGGCCCACGGUGGAGGGGCCUUCUCAGGGAAAGACUACACUAAGGUGGACCGCUCUGCUGCCUACGCUGCCCGCUGGGUGGCCAAGUCCCUGGUGAAGGCUGAGCUCUGCAAGCGUGUACUGGUCCAGGUGAGGAAUGAGCUAAUGGCUGCAACCUAACAAUUUUAUGUAUGUCUUGUUUUGUGGUCAUUUUCAGCUUGUGGAUUCAGGUUUUGAUUUGCUGUAAGAGUCAUUCACAUAGAACUGUUUUGCAUCACCAUGAGAUGAAAAGUAAAGAUAGCAUAUUUUACAAUAACCUGUCACGUGAAUCUUGAUCAUGUUUGUUAAAAAGAAGUCGCUGUGUUGUCAGGUAGCCUAUGCCAUUGGAGUGGCCCAUCCCCUAUCAAUCUCCAUCUUCCACUAUGGGACUUCUCAGAAGAGCGAGAGGGAGCUGCUGGACAUUGUCAAGAGGAACUUUGACCUCCGCCCUGGUGUCAUUGUCAGGUAGUGUGGAACAAUGGUGGCUGCCGGUAACCUAUUUUGUCAUCAGGGGUCCCAUAGGGUCGGAGCUGGUCCUCAUGGGUCUAGGGGUUCUACAUUUGAAUGGUGAUUGCUUGGUUUGCCCUCUGGUAAUCUGUGCAUUUAUUUACCCAGUUCAGCACUAUUGUGUUUUCUGUGUUCCAGGGAGCUCGACUUGAAAAAGCCUAUCUACCAGCGGACCGCUGCCUAUGGCCACUUUGGGCGGGAGGCCUUCCCCUGGGAGGUCCCCAAAAAGCUCAAAUACUGA